CAGGACCUGUCAACAAAAAGUAGACAUGGGCCAUAAACGUUAAGCUUCUUUCACUCUUCAUUCACCUGUACAGUAUUGCAAGCGUUUAGAUGUGGACUGUCAGUCAGCGCCACUGAAAGUAUUUGGAUUUAAAGAGAAUGCACAUCCAGUGGAGUCGGUUAUCCAGCAGGAAUAUGCCAUGCAGGCCUCACACAAGGUUGAUGUUUAUAACCUCCCACCAUUCACAACAAAACUCUACAAGAAGUGUGUCAGCUCGCUCACUAUGUCAACGCACACAAGCCGGGCACACUAACCGCUGGCAGCUGGCAGGUGCUUUAGGCAGCGAUCUCUUGGGUCAGGCACAGAUUCAGAGGGCAGAGGAGUUUGGUGAUAAAUCAGCAGACAGAAAAAUUAAAUCAGCUGACCCCAUGGCACUCCACUGGCACGAGGAUGCCACUAGCUGCCCACAAUCCCCUUUGCCACGUCUCGUUCACCCGCUCUCGGCCAGCCGACGUACCAGACUCUGCAAAGAUGUCACAUGGUCUUCAAAGCUUGACACACCAGAGGAACAGUUUUGCAUUCUGUCUCGCAGAGUGACCCAAAACGCUAAACCAGAUGCAGUACUGGAAUGUCUGGGGGUCAGGUGGGAGCUGCAUUGCUCUGUCCUCGGCGGUUCAGACACAUUAUCUGAGUUGUAUACCAACAGCAAAAGACAGAGAGCUGCCUUUAAAGACAGCAGAGUUCAUAGGUCUCAGUGUGGAAGAGGACUGAUCUACAGGAAGUGGCACCCCAGCAGCCCUUUGAUUCUCAGACUGCCUGUCAAAGACACCUCCAUCAAUGAAGAGUCUUUGUCUUUUGCCUUGCGGACCCUGUAUGACCCCGAGGAACGCCCCAGUGAGUGGGGAGAGGCUGUGCUUUCUACUGCUGCAUUAUUGGGAAUGUCAAACCUCUUCCAGGAGUGUCUUAAGGAUAUGUUGACAAAGAUCUCAUCUGCCACUGUGUGCAGCUUUCAUAAAGCCUCUUGCAAGUUUAAAGAGACUGUUCUCCAGAGAGCAUGUGAGCGCUGGUUGGAGCUGUUUCUAGUGACUGAACUUUCCUGCCAUAUAAAACUCAAAGAUUUGCCCUUUGACCUCCUGCUGAAGACCCUGCUUAGUCCAAGGCUGUUCACAUCUAAUGAGUAUGAGGUCUUGAGAGCAGUGCUGAACUGGCUGUAUCUGCAGUUAAACCCCCUCAGACAGACCCUACCAGCACAUAGUUCCAUCAUCACCUUCUUCUCCAGGGAGACGGCUGUUUUCUUGGAACAGCCUCAGGGUCAAAAAUACAUCACUAUCUUUCAAGCUCUUCGUAUGCAUGGCAUUACUGAACGGCAGCAUCUCCAGGAGCUGCAGAACAUCAGAGUUCUUCCUGAAUCCUGGUUGCUGCAUAUCCUGUCCAGUCAUUACCACACUCUGUACAGCGGGGGUGACAUGGUCGUGACUGACUUCUCCAAACAAGCUCUCCGGUUUGGAAUGAUGUUUGAUAGGGAACAAGAGUGCUGCACUCAAACCAUCAGCCUCUUUGGCUUUUACUUUCUUCUCCAAGUUGCUAAAAUGGGCGAAUCAGAUACAUACAGCUUCUCCAUUGAGAGGUUAAGACACUGGGAUCCUGCUGUAUGCCAGUCUUCCAUUGUGAGCCGUCCAUACAGUGUGAGGUCAGAUCGAUCAGUGUGCUAUCACAUCACAGUGCAAAACUAUGCCAAUGGCGAGUGGCAAGAACACAGCAGUGGACCUGCCAGUCAAGAUUUUGGUUUGUGCAAACGCCGCAGUAGGAGCAAGCCGUUCCAGAUUGAAGGACUUUCUCCGCCCAUCCUGGUGACCUUUGCUCUGGCAUUCCCAUUUUGAUCUUGCAUCUUGCCCCCUUUUCAUAAUCUCAGAAAGUUCCCUCAAGACGGAUUCCAAUUCACACACUGUUCUAAGCCAUUUUAAAUUUUCAAUUUCACACAGAAAAAGCGUACUUCAAAUAAUAAGGUCAAAAUAAGGUCAAGUGAAGUGCGUUACUUUUGUGGGAUAAAAUAUGUUGCCUGGUACUGCACAUUUUAGCGAAUGUAGAAGCUCAUCUAGAAAUUUCAUGCAUAUAUUAUUUACAUUAUACUGCACGAUUUAAAGUUGUAAAAGAAAAAUGCUAUCUUCUAUAGGGAGCAGCUAUUGUACCAUGUUUUUGAAGCUCAAUUCUCAUGCCUAGAUCUGACAGACUGUCCACGUCAACACUGCGGACUGCCGUCAUUUGGCUCAUGCAACCUCAAAAUAGUUUCCCUCCUCUUGAAAUGUGCUGCAUUGCUAUUGUUUUCAAGGGCUGCGAAUUGAGGGAAGAGGAAGCGUGUUUUGCGUGGUGCGCUCUGUGUUUUCACAUGGGCAAACUGCCACUGAGGAAACAAAGCUAUCACAAUACAUGCUGGAAAAUGCUCAGCGGAGCAGUGCGGAUAUACAGCAGCCGUCCACAGGCCACUGCAUGACCCGCUGACCCGCCGCAGGCUUUAAAUAAAGUCACUAUGCUGCUUUGACCCAUGACUGGCCUCCCCUGACCCACAUUUUAAUUCGAAAGUGAAUAUAAGAAAACAGAAAAACUUUCAGAUACUUUUUUAGUAACUCCUAACCAAGAAAGUUCAUGAAUUGGAAAGAUUAAAAACAAAAAGUCUAUGAGGAAUUGACAGCUGAGCCCAAGCAUUUCACUCAUUGGACGCAUCAGCAUCACAUUUGCAUAGGCCGUACUAUUGGAGUACGUGAUUGGUUGAUUAAAAUUAAAAUUAAAAUACUAAACAGAAUGAUAAAAUAACGUUAUUACUGGU